CACAAUUGUCUGUUCAACUGUCAAAAUUAGUCAAAGAUAUAAUACCAUGAAAGAAUAUCUUGGAACAUUUGAUAAAGUUAUGACAGUACUUGACAAUCAAUCAGGUGAAAUUAGAACUAACGAAGGAGCAGUUUCCCACAUCUCAGAUGACCAAUCAAACAGGUUGUUCAGAUACCUGACAGGUGUUGUCUAUGAUUAUGACUGCUGCCAAAAGUAUAUAGACAGAGCUUGGCGCGGGGCCAGUUUCAUUUGCAGUGUGAACAUGGAAGCACCUCGCCCAGUACAACAGCAACUUCCUGCUCGAGGAAGAGGAGGAAGAAGAAGAGGAAGAGGAGGAGUGAGAAUGCGUGGAGGAAUAGGGGGAAGAGGCCGAGGAGCACGGAGGCACCAUGAUGUCCCAGAUGAAAUCCGGGCCACCCUUAUUGACCACGUCAUAAACCAUCGCCUCACAAUGGCAGAGGCAGGUCGCCGAGUGCAGCCUAAUGUGCCUCGGUCUACAGUCUCCUCCAUCAUCCAAACCUUUCGCAGGGAAAACAGGAUUGGACGACAGCCUCAAGUGGGUGGCAGAAGAAAACUUCUAAAUGAACAACAAGAACAAGAAAUAUGCAACAUGGUCAUUGCAAAUAAUGCCAUCACACUGAGACAGAUUCGUAAUGCAAUCCUGCUAGACAAUGUAAUGUUCCAAAAUAUAAACUCUAUCAGCAUCUCCACAAUAGACCGGGUAUUGAAGAAACAUCAGAUGACCAUGAAACAGAUUUACAGGGUACCAUUUGAGAGAAACUCUGACAGAGUGAAAGGGCUGCGGUACCAGUAUGUGCAUGUAAGUCAACUACUGGUUGUCUAUCAUUGUAACACUAUUACAGUAAGACAUGGUUACCACUGUUUUUGUUUUGCGUUAUCCUUUUCACCUUCAGAAUCCAGCUUUGUGUGA